AUGGCUCUUUCCACUUUUGUUCCAGCCCCAAGUAGCAAACAAUUUGCCUUUCCUGUUCCGAUCAUCGGCUCUCAGUAUUGUGUUGGUUACCCGGUAGAUCUUGCAAUUGUUAGAAAGUUCAUGACCACGGGCGACUUUGAUGUCAUAGACGUCCAAGGCAACGUCAUUUUCAAAGUCCGAGGAAAAUUUCUUACCAUGCAUGAUCGUCGAGUUGUGCUUGAUGCUGCCGGAAAUCCCAUUCUCACUCUUCGACAGAAGAUUAUGAGUGCCCAUGAUAGAUGGCAAGUUUUCAGGGGUGAAAGCGCGGAGGAAAGUGAUCUCAUUUUUAGCGUUAGGCGCUCUUCAAUGCUCCAACUAGAGGCCAAGUUGCAGGUGUUCUUGGCCAAUAACAAAAAGGAAGAUGUUUGUGACUUUAGGGUUGAAGGAAGUUGGACUGAAAGAUCUUGUGUAGUUUAUGAAGGAGAAUCUUCCUCAAAAAUUGCCAAGAUGUACAAGAAGACAACUAUCAAAAGUGUUUUGACCGGAAAAGACAACUUCAACGUGAUGAUUGAUCCUAACAUUGAUUAUGCCUUCAUAGUCGCGCUUAUAGUGAUUCUUGACGGGGUUAAGAGCAUCGGAUCCAGCUUGAGUGAUGCAGUUAAAAAUACGACAAUAUAUUUCCUGACUUGAGUUUGUUUUUAAUGUCGUUGUCGUUAUCUCUAUUAUG